AUGGGAGCGCCGCAGGAGGCGCAGUUGGAAACCAGAGUGAGGGAGGGCGUUCUGAUGGAGCACUACACCAACAUCCACCGCCUACGCGCCCUCUUGCUGAGCCACCCGCUCGUCUCCACCGCCACGCCGCACAAGGUGGACAAGGCGCUCGACCCCAAGUGCUUCGACGAGGACGGUUGGGCCUAUAAAUAUCACCAGUCCCCUUGGGACUUGUCAGUGACGCUCGCAGCCUCUGGCGCGAAGUUCACCCUCGGAUGGACCACAAACCAUAUCAAGAAGCCGCUCGCGGCGAUGUGGUGGUUGAUGCAAGGGAAGGCCGCGACGGCGGAUAACCUCGCCCACGCGGAGGCGAUAUUCUUGGAUGUCGCCGAGGCCGCCCGCUCGUGGCCGCUCGGCUUCCCCCCUGAGGAGGGGGGGGCCGGGGCCAGUGCGAGCUCUUCCUCUGCCGGCGUCGCGCCCCAGCCUCCGGCGGCCACUGCGGCGCCGCCGCCGGCCAGGCCCCUGCCUCCGGCGGCAAUUGCGGCGCCGCCGCCGGCCAGGCCCGCGCCUCCGGCGGCAACUGCGGCGCCGCCGACGGCCGGGCCCCAGCCUCUGGCGGGAGACGCGGCGCGGGCGCCGGCCCGCGCCAGCGAGCCCGCGCCGGAGAGGCCGCCGGCCCCCGGCGAGCCCGCGCCGCAGAGCCCGCCAGCCCCCAGCCAGCCCGCGCCGCAGAGCCCUCCGGCCCCGGACACCGCCUGUCCGGUGGAGCCUUUGGCGGGGGCGCCCGCCGCCGCGCCGGGGGCGUCCGCCGACGCCACCAGCGCGGCCUCCGCGCUGCUGCCAGCGGCGAGCGUCGAUGCGGGUGCUGCCGCCUGCGACAAGCCUGCGGACAGCGCCCCAGGCGGCGCCGAGCGCCGCGACCACCUCGAGGAUUUCCAGCUGGACGAGGCGAUGAGGAUGUCCGAGCAGGAAUCCGCUGAAGUCCGCGAUCUCGAUUACAGCCCAGAUCAGAAGUCGGGCCCUCCGUCGGACGAGGAGGAGGAGGGCGUCGAGGCCGACCCAGCGGAGCCGCAGAGCAGGGUGCCCUCUGGCGGGGCGGACGGCGAGAUCGACCUCACCAUGCACGUGUCCGCCAAGAGGCUGCAGCGGCUGACCGAGGACCAGAACCCAGAGGCCCAGACGCCGCCGCCGGUCGGCCGGCGCCGUGGGCGCGCGGCAGCCCUGAUGCUGAUCCUCGCGAUGACCGUCGGGAUCGUCGAUGCCGACGCCGAUGCCGAGUCCGCGUACUACGACGACAACGUGGACAUGAGGGAGUUCUGGCUCGAUGCGCCCGUGGACCCCUCGAUGCAC